CUCUUGCUGAGGACAGUAUGCUGCUUUAUUGACCCGUACCCUGCUAUCUCAUGGCAGAUUUCCAGGCUGGUUACCUUGGGUGCAGACUUCACUGUUCAAAGAGGAGCCUGACAACCACGCUGUCUUUCCUGAGAUUUAUGAGUUUGGACUGUGCAGGUCACAGCAUCAGAAUGCUGCCCUUCUGCCAUAUUCUAUCUGUAGCUGUUGUCCAGAUCUUGAUCUUCUCAGAGCACUGGGCGUUAGCCAAGAACAUCAACUUCUAUAACGUGAGGCCUCCUCUCGACCCUACACCAUUUCCAAACAGUUUCAAGUGUUUUACCUGUGAAAAUGCAGGGGAUAAUUACAACUGCAAUCGAUGGGCAGAAGACAAGUGGUGUCCAGAAAAUACCCAGUACUGCUUGACAGUUCAUCACUUCACCAGCCGUGGAAGAAGUACGUCCAUCACCAAGAAGUGUGCCUCCAGAAGUGAGUGUCACUUUGUUGGAUGCCACCACAGUCGAGACUCCAAACAUACGGAGUGUAGAUCUUGCUGUGAAGGAAUGAUUUGCAACGUAGAAUUGCCCACCAACCACACUAAUGCGGUCUUUGCAGUAAUGCGCACUCAGAGAACAUCUGGCAGCAGUAUUCCCGUGCCUUGCCUGCCAAUGCUGGCCUGGUUCUUUGUGCUUCCGCUGCUAUGAUGCUGCCAUUCCAGGAGAGGCAGAGACCUGCCCUUAAAACCCAAGCCAGAAGUGAUAUGAACAGUGAACUCUGGAGUGAAGACCAAUCUUGCACUUGAAAAAGGCAUACUGGACCUCAGUGUAGAAGCUGGUGACUUGUUUCACUAAAAUGCUCCUGUAUGAGGCCAUGGGACUGAGGCUGGGGAUUUUUCAUGGACUAUGAAGAUUGUCCAUCUUCAGGGCUUUCUGCUUAAAGAGGACUGCAUUUCGUUCGCACUGCAAGGAGGAUCAUACUAAGAUCUAUAAUGGGUGGCAGUCGACUAGACUGUCCUCACCCGGCCAGGUCAUGACCUGAAUGGACUUCUUAACCUCAUUGACUCCCUUGGAAGCUGCUGAGUCAGACCCUCUCAUUUAUGUCAUUAGCUCAGAGCAUCUCUAAGAAAUCUAAUCCUUCCGACUGUGAGAAAGCAGCUUUUUCCACCAAUGAGAAAGU